CAACAAAGUAAAGUGAAAAAUAACUGAACUCAAACUUGAAACUUCAAAGUUCUUUUAUUGUAUUUUAUUUUUUUUACAUAAAUAUUUUCUAUAAGAUGAAAAAAAUUUUGAAGCCAUUAGGAUGUGAAGUGCAUGGGGUUGACUUAAAAACUGAAACAAGUCCUGAAAUUAUUAAACAGAUACAGGAAGAUGUUACAAAACAUAGAAUCUUAAUAUUUAAAGAUCAAGGUGUAAUAAGUGGUGAUAGACAUGUUGAGAUUAGUCGUUGGUUUGGAGAGUUAGAAUCUACAUUCUACAAACAUAAGAAAUCACCUCAUCCUGAUGUGUUUCGAGUAUCCAAUGAUGAAAAUGAAGGAUGUACAGGUGUUGGACGAUCGGGUUGGCACAUAGAUGGGACAUUUCAACCUGCACCAUUUAGUUAUUCUUUGUAUCAUAUGCCGUGUGUACCUAAAGAAGGACAUACAUUAUUUAUUCCACUGACAGAGUUGAUUCAAAGUUUGGAUAAAGAUACUUAUGAUACUUGGAAUCGAGCUUGGAUGGUUAGUGAUAGAAGAUCGUCACCUAUCCAUCCACUGAUAUAUAGUCAUCCUCGAACAGGCAAACCAGUGUUAUGUUUUCAUUUGGGAAUGACUACUGGAUUUAUUUGGAACUAUAAACUUCCAUCAGAAUCAAUUGCUAGCCAUGAAGAAUACAAAGAACUUUUAGGUUCAAUAAACAAUAAAAUCAAUCAAGAUAAUGGAAAGCUUAUAUAUGUACACAAGUGGGAACCAGGGGAUUUCAUUAUAUCUGAUAACUUAGCUGUUGGACAUUUUGCUCACUCGAGUACACAGGCACCCAGAAGUGAAGUUGGUCUCAGAGUUCUACAUAGAACUACUAUUAAAGGAACACAUCCACCAAAAAAGUAAAAAAUAAAAUAUUUUUUUAAAUAUAACUACUGCUAUGAUUUUAAUAUUC